GUCGCCGGUUCCCCACCUCCCCUCCCCCCUAGCAAGUACGGCGAGAGGUGAGGGACAAGACUUCCGCGUUAAGCCCAGGGACGCCCGCUGCGCCUGACAACGACCGGCAUUUCAACCGGAGACACGAAGGCCGUCAUUCCAGGCGCUGGACUCCGCCUCUCGCAAUGCUGCGGUGGCUGAUAGGAGGGGGCCGCGAGCCGCAAGGGUUGGCCGAGAAAUCUAUACAGACUAUUGGUGAAGAACAAACUCAGAAUCCAUAUACUGAGCUUCUUGUGCUGAAAGGUCACCAUGAUAUAGUGCGUUUUCUAGUGGCAAUUGAUGACUACAGGUUUGCAUCUGCUGGUGAUGAUGGAAUUGUAUGUCUCUGGAAUGUUCAGACUGGAGAAAAGUUAUUUGAGCUACAUGCACAUACACAAAAAAUUACAGCUCUUGCAGCUUUUCCUUUGUCAGAUACCUGUGAAGAAAAAUGCCAUAUGAUUUUGACAGCAAGUGCUGACAGAACUGUAGUUGUUUGGGAUUGUGAUAGUGGCAGACAAAUUCACAGAGUAUCCUGUUUUCAUUCCACCGUAAAGUGUUUGACUGUUCUUCAAAGAAUGGAUGUAUGGCUCUCUGGAGGAAGUGAUUUGUGUGUUUGGAACCAAAAAUUAGAUCUCUUGUGUAAGACAAGUCAUCUAAUUGAUGCAGAUAUCAGUGCUAUGAUUGAAUUGCCGAAAAAUUGUGUGGCAGCAGCUGUUGGCAAAGAAUUGAUAAUUCUAAAAUUGAAAGCUUCCAGAGAUGGAACCGAAUGGGAUGUGUCUGAAAUAAAACGACUUAUUGAUCACCAGGAUAAUAUUGUGUCAUUGGUCAGUGUCAGUGAUUUGAUUUUUGUGACUGGCUCCCAUGCUGGUGAAAUGAUUGUGUGGAAUUCGUUGGAUUGGACAAUGCGAGGGUAUGAAUGCAACUGGGAUGCAUCUCUUCAUGUGAAUCCCCAACAAGAAAUAAAAUUAUCACAAAGUCAAAAUGAAAUGUCAGUUCAGGAUUUAACUUCUGAUCAUGAGUGUGUUUUUGCUGCUGUUGGCAAAGGCAUCUAUGUAUAUAACCUUCAGAUGAAACGUGUGAUUGCCUUCCAGAAAACUGCUCAUGAUUCCACUGUCCUGCAUAUUACCAACAUUCCCAACAGAAAAUUAAUAUCUUGUUCAGAAGAUGGUAGUGUUCGUAUGUGGGAAUUACAUGAAAAACAACAUCUUACAGCUGAACCUGUUCCAUCAGGUUUUUUCAAUAUCUGGGGAUUUGGUAGGACAAACAAACAAGUAAAUCACAUAGCUAAAAAAGCGCCAGAGUGUGCUACUAUUUUUUCCCUUGACCUUACUGGGGAUCUGAUUGGACACUCUGCAGCUGUGCAGAUGUUCCUUUAUUUUGGUGAGCACGGCCUAGCAACAUGCUCUGCUGAUCAUCUUAUUAUUCUAUGGAAAGAUGGAGAACGAGAGUCAAGACUGCGCAGCUUAAUAUUAUUUCAUAAGUUGGAACAAAUUGAAGAUUUGCACUUAAGGUCUGAGAUGAAGUAAUGUAUAAAAUACAAAUAGGAUGUUUAUAUUAUUUUGUUUGUUCUAAAAAAUAUAUUUAAGAGGUGUUUUUUCUUACUGAAUUUGCCAUAUAUUUAGAUGAAUGAGGACCCAGCACUGUUAGUUUCUACACAGAAACUGAAUUUUGGUACACAGACCGUUCUGUUUUGCCCACAAUGCCUUAAUCAGGGACAUUGCCAAAUUUUGGAUUUUUCACCAGAUAAAUACACCAAGAUUCUGACAGUGUACAAAAUAAACGUUUUAGGCAAAGAAUUUCACUGAAUGAUUUACCACCUCAACUGUUUUGACAAAACAGUGUAGUCUGUAUUUGUUCUUCAAAGUCUACAUUACAUAGGACAAUUUGUGAGCAAAGAAAAUUAGUGUGCAAAUCAGUAGAAGUAUGCUGAAACAUACAGGUUCAAAGCCAGCUCUGUUGAGGAAUUCUGCAUGUCAAAAUUCUUUGCUAACAAAGACCUGCAAGUAAACACACAAGUGGAGGAUUCUUGAAAGUCGAGGCUUUUGUUAUAUGAGGCAUAUUUUACAGUAUUGUUGUCUUCAUUGCUUAUUAUUUUAUGAUUGAAAAACUGAAUAGUGUACAUGAGGAAAAAUAAAAUUUGGGCAUGUAUAUAAA